AUGCGUCAGGAACAUCUCACUUGCAUCGAGCUCAUCCUCUCCAACUGCCCGGAAUCUAUUAAAAAGUCGUCGGUUCUGCUGGACGUCGCCAAUGCAAGCAAAAUAUUCAUCGAGGGAGGCAAUGCUUUAGAAGAAACGCUCCUAAUCAAAGCUAUCCGUGGCGUUCUCACCAAUUCUGUCCUAUCCGAUCGAAGCAAACACUGGCAGGAUUAUCUGAAAGAUAGUGAGUGUUCCAGUCCGUAUCCCAAAGAUUGUCGUUUUCCAGAACCCAUCGACUACUUUGUCAACACCUUCUUCAACAAAUCAGCGGAGUUCAUGCUGUGCCUGCUCGAUAACUGCCCAUGGUCUCCGAACAUUUCGGACAGGGAGGCAAAGAUUCUCCUGAAAAGCACGGGAUUCCGUCUAACAGUAGACAGAGAAAUUGUCAUCGACAUCGAUAACAAAAACUUUGCCAUUCCAUACUGGCUCCCUUAUGUUAUGCGUCGUCUAUGCAAGGACAGUAUCAGACAGAUCGAAGUGCGGUUAGAAGGUAUCAUUCUGCUGAAAUGUUCCCCUUUAACUCUAUGUGUUCCAGGACCACCGGACGGUUUCGAAACGAUGAAGAAUAGCAGGGACGAGCUUUUUGAGCUUUUGCGUAACACGGAUUACACGUCGCGCGGAAACCACGUCUACCAGCCGGCGACGACCUCGUCCAGCUAUCAGGGAAUGGGAGGGACCUUAUGCGUCAGCGGAAAUGCAAAACGACUGGGAAGAGCGGCCGUUUUCCUCAUUUUCCGCCGCGUUCCAUCUGAUUCGAUUCGAGACGUUGACGACGUCACGAGAAAUGAUUUCUUCGUUCAAUGCUGA